AUUUGUUCAAGUUUUGGUUGUGUGCGGUUGUAUAAUUUUUAGACAUUUUUGUGAAAGUAGAUUUCACCUUUUAUGAUAAUUUGAUAGACCUCAAAUUUUUCUGCGGAGAAGAUACAGAAAAAACCGGUUUUAGUUUGCGUAGCACCAGUAACACGUCAACAGUACUCUGAACGUCUUUCUAAAAACCUUCAGGAAUAAAAGAAUUAUUUAUUGUUUCUAAAAAAUGGCAACACUUCCCGAAGUAUUUAUAGUGUCAGCUGCAAGAACACCUAUUGGAAGCUUUCAAGGAUGUUUCAAUACACUUGCUGCACAUGACUUAGGUGCUGUUGUAAUCAAAGAAGUUGUUAAGAGAGCUAAUCUUAAAGUGACUGAUAUCGACGAAAUUGUAAUGGGACAAGCACUUCAAGCUGGUCAAGGACAAAAUCCAGCUCGUCAAGCAGCACUUAAAGCAGAAGUUCCAAAAGAAGUUCCUGCCUAUGGUAUCAAUAUGCUUUGUGGAUCUGGUCUUAAGUCAGUUGGAUUGGGUUUUCAAGCAAUAAGGAAUGGUGACUCAAGUAUUGUCAUUUCCGGAGGACAAGAAAGCAUGACAAAAGCUCCGCAUGUUGUGCAUCUUCGUGGUGGUACCAAAAUGGGAAAUACAUCAUUGAUUGAUUCUAUGAUAGUAGAUGGAUUGACCGAUGGAAUGCUCAAUAUACAUAUGGGAGAAACUGCAGAGUUCUUAGGAAAAGAAUACGAAAUUUCUAGAGAAGAUCAAGAUCUGCAAGCUGUAAAAUCUCAAAAUCUUGCUGAAAAAGCUCAAAAGGCUGGUUACUUUAGUGAUGAAAUUGUUCCUGUAGUUGUACCAGGUCGGAAAGCGUCUGUAACAAUUACAGAGGACGAGUACCUGAAACAUGGAACAACUGUUGAAGCUGUGUCAAAACUCAGACCAUGUUUUAUUAAAGAUGGCACGGUUACAGCUGCUAAUGCUAGUGGGAUUAAUGACUCUGCUGCAGCUGUUCUUCUAGCAUCAGAAAUGGAAGUUAAAAAAAGGAAUCUCCAACCUUUAGCUAGAAUAGUUGCUUUCUCCCAAGUUGGUUGUGAUCCUAAAACGAUGGGUGCAGGUCCAAUAACAGCCGUUCCAGAAGUUUUGAGAAAAGCUGGUUGGAAAAUUGAAGAAGUUGACAUUUUUGAACUGAAUGAAGCUUUCGCUGCUCAAGCUUUGGCAGUCAACAAAGCACUGAAAAUUGAUCCCUCAAAAGUAAACAUUCAUGGAGGGGCAAUCGCACUAGGUCAUCCUAUUGGAGCAAGUGGCACUCGAAUCCUUGUCACAUUGAUAUAUGCUUUGAAACGAAUUGGAAAGAAACGUGGAGUCGCCAGUUUAUGUGUUGGUGGUGGAAUGGGAGUUGCAUUAGCUAUAGAAAUGGUCUAAAAUAUAAAAGAAAAUCAUGUACUGGUGUUUUGUUUUUUAUUAUAAAUAUCUUAAAAGAUAAUAAAACAUGAAAAAGUAUCAACUCGAAUAUUGUUUAACUUUUAUUUUCUCUUUGCAAUUUUAAAAGGAAAAUUUUAAAUUAUAUUUUGAGCAAUGUUGCGGAGACUUUGGCUGCGUUAUGAUGUUUACUAAAUGUGGACAUGAAGGCUCAUUUUGGAUUUGUGUAAGGGUCGAAGGGAUCGUGUGGAUAAUAUCCACAACUUGAUGGAUUUUCAGGAUUGAAACAUCUGAAUUUAUAGUCAAUAGGAUGUGAAACAAUUGCGUCUAAAGAUGGAAUACAAAUUUUUGAAUGAGUUCGAAUUAUGCGUUCCCAUAAAGUGUCGUCACCGUUGGUAUGAAAAUAGCUUCCCCAAAAAUUCGAGCGUAGAAUUUCGUAUUCGGGAUUAUAAUCAACCCCCUCAGCUUGCAUUUCAUCAACAAUUGCUAUUGUAUCAAUCUUCAUAUGUUUGCUUGGUGUGAACACAUCUUGUAUUAAGUUAUCGCCAAUGUAAACAAUCUUGGGAUUUUCAGUUUUGGUAUUUUUUCCAAUAAUCUUUUUUAAAUCUUUGAAGUUGCCUUGGGUGUAAACAUUUCCAGGAAUCAUAUUCUCAAUAUCAAUGAUUCCAGUCUCACUGAUUCCAUCGAGUUGAUAAAAUGGACGAUCCAUCGUAAAAAAUCCCGGCUUUUUUGCAAAACAAAUUAUAAAAUCAAAAUAAUCGCGCCAGUUUGGCCCGAGAGCAAACUCGGCAGUAAAUGUUGCGAAGUCAAUAUGUGAUCCAGUUAAAAGGAAUGUCGUUUUAUUCUCCUUUAACUUCUUCAACCAAUCAAUUACGUUCUGUUCGCACCUAUAAAUGUAGUCAGAAGGAUUCUUCUUCAUAGCUUCGAAGUACUUGCUUUUAUUAUUAGCAAAGAGAUCACGAUUGUACAUUGAUAAUAAUCCAGCUAAAACAUCUGGCCAGAUUUGAUAUUUCGAUUGUGGUUGGCCGUUAUUUUGAAAAUCUAUCGAGUCUACAAUUCGAGCAAAAGCAAGAGCAGCAGGCAUGUCGAAAUAAUCCAAACAGGUACGGAUUAAAUCGGCUAAAGUUCCAUUCCAUGCGACAAGCAUGUCUUUGCAGUAUUCAUCAGUAACUUCCCAUCUCUUCUUCUCACCAUAUAUUUUAAUGAUUUCUUCUCUUGACAUGAGUUUGGUACCAUGACUCGCUAUUUGAAUUCCACCAUCAGGACAAAUUCUUAGUAAAUUUCCCUUUUCGAAGUCGAGAAUUAAUCCUUUUUGUAAGAAGUUGAAUCCAUCCUCGAAAGGCUUCAUUAAAAAUUCCUUUGAAUAGCCUUUGGCAACGAGAAAUUCUGAGAGUACUUCAUACUCUGUUUUGAUCAUGUUCGUUAUGUUGUAUUUUACAAUUGUGUUGUCCAAAUCAAAACCAAUGGAAUCAUAGUCAGAGAAACAAAAUUUUGUUUCUAAACUUUCCAUACUGCUUUUUUUAAUUGAUGGAAAAUCUGAUAAUUUUUGAUUUAUGUUCGUUUUUUUAAAGUUUCCAAAAUAUCGAUUAGCAAUCGACAAUUUUUUUUGAUUCUUAUAUAUCAAUCGAAAUACUGAACCAAAAAUUAACAUUGAGUAAG